AUGAAAAAAAAUUAUAAUUAAGCUAGAUAACAUUCAUUCUAGAUUCCUAAGAUUACAUCAUUAUAACCCUUAUUUACUACUUAUAAUGAAAAUCAUACUGAGCCCACAACUCCAAUAAAAAUUGAUUUAAAGGCAAAGCAAGAAUAAAUGAAGUUAGAAUUAGAACAAAAAAAUAAAUAUUUAGAAUAGAUUCUUUGUCUAAAAUAAGAACGUUAUCACCACAAUCGAAAAGAAUUACUGUAUCAUAAAUUAUAAAAUAUAGAGUAAUAAUUACAUAAAUGGAAUCAGACUCGCAAAAAUAUUGAAUUGUAAACUGAUUUUCCUAUUCUAGCAUAAAAAAGGCAAAACAACAAUAUUUGUGUGAAUAUUACAAUUCACAACAAUCCUCUAAGCCUAUCUAAACUAGAUAAACUUAAUACAAGAAUACCAGUUUUCAAGAUUUCUAAUAAACCAAAACCAACGUCAGAAAUACUCAAUCUCAACCUAGAAAGUAAUCCUUCUUCAACAUCCAAUAUCAAAAGAAAAUUAACGAAAGUGCAUGUGAUGUAAAGAAAACUCAAAUUGGGUAAUUUGGAUUCACAAAUUAUUCCUAAUGAUGAUGCUACAUUAACUUAUAUUUCAUAAAUAUUUAUUUUUAAAUAAAACUGCAAAUCCUUCUUACCUAACACUAUGAUGCAAGCUCACCUUCAUGUAUUCUCUACCAUUAAUAAACAUCACUAGGUCGGAUAAUCACAACCCCAUACCUCAGAAGCCCCAGUCCUGUAAUUCUUAGGUAAAUCUAAGAAGCGUAAACGUCGUUCACUUGACACCAACGAUUGGAUUUCUUUACAUGACCACAAAAUAAAAGGCAAUUCCCAUACCUAAUACCUCAUUAGACUUAAAGUCGACAAUGUUGUAUGGUCUUUCUGGACUAGAUAUAGUAUGUUAUCUGAGCUCCAUUAAACCCUUGAUGAAGUGAUCAAGUCUCAAUUGCCCACUUUCCCAGAAAAACGACUCUUUGGUAAUCUGAACCCCAAUUUCAUUUAAACCAGGAAAUCCUAACUUGAUAUAUAUCUUUAGGCCAUCUUUAACGACCCAUGUGUUCGUGAUUCCAAAGUAUUCCGAGACUUCAUUGAUAAUUCCAAAUAAAAAGCCUUCAAAAAAGCUGACCUUGAUUCCCUUAAUCGAUUUAAAUUGGAUGUUUGA